UGAAGUUUUAUAUUAUUUUAGCCAGUUCUUUGUAUAUUUGUGCUAAAAGGACUACUCACACCUGACUUAUAUAUUAUUGACUUUUUGGUUUAAAAGACUUUGAAUCAAGAAGGUAGCAGAGUGCAGGAAUUAGGUGAUGUCAGCAGGCGUGUCAGACCAGUUUCAAAUGGCCCCAAGGACCACGUAAAUGAACAUGAAGACUUUGAUUCAUGGAGGACACAGCAUCACCAGGUGAGACCUUUUUGUUUACAUUGUAAUAGUCAUUGA